AUGGACGAGGAGACCAAGGAAGAGCUCGCCGCCUUGCAGAAACAAGUCUUUCGCGAUGACAAGGUCGACUGGACGCACGCUCUUGAUGCCCUCAAGAGGGCAAGGAUCCAGCUGGACGACCUGGGUCUUGAUCAGGAUUCGACCCUGAACCCGCCCAACUUCUUCGACAAGGAGUCCUUCUUCCAGCUGCGGGACCGCCUGGUUGAGUGCAAGUUCCUCGAGAUGAGCCUCGACAUCAGCCAGGUCUACCACGUCUUCGGCAGGACGCAGGACAGGUUCACCCUCGAGGAGGCCAACGUUGCCCAGGCGGAGUCGGUGAUGCUCAUGUCCGAUGGUCCCACCGACACAUCGGUGUUGCUGGGGUCGUUCGAGUUGGAGCAGGUGUUGGAAGAAAUCGCGCCGGGAGAACCGAGACCGAAGGUAUUGAUCGACUUAGCCAAGGACAAUAGCAUCUACUACUGCGGCACCGUCCUGGGGGGACCGGACGAAGACGACCACGACCAUUCUCUCGCUUUGGCGAGCACCCGCACCCCCGACAAAGAGGGGCAAUCUCCGGUGCAGGACAACGGCAGCGGUAGCGAGGACGUACGGUACUGGCCUCUGUUCGCCGCCGGCGGAGUCUGGACCACCUCGAUCAUGGAUGUGUUCGCGGUGCGGACGUACUUCAACGCGCACGUGCUCUCGUUUUUCGAGACCCUGCUCCAGAUACACGCUCGCAACCCCCCCGCUUCGGACAGCAACGCCAACCACCACCACCACCACCACCACCACCGCAGCCAGUCGUCAUCGGUACUUCGCAAGGAUGAUGCCGACGGUAAGAAUGGCCGCGGUUCCGACGGAGGCGGCGGCGCAGCCGCCACUGCCGGUGGGGCCGUGAGCUUGGGUGACAAAGGCAGCAACGCAGGUGACGGCGAGAAGAAGGCCCGCCCCAGUCACGACGGCAGCCGCCACUGGGAUGAUGAUGAUUCCACCGAGAACCAGGGGAGGUGCCAGUUCGCCCACCUGCGCGUCUCGGCGUCCUUCGCGGGGAAGACCUACGGGGACCUCGCGCGGCACCUGAUCGCUCUCGGGGCCAUGCCCCUGGGGCUGUACCGCCCGAGCGGGCACAAGGGGAGCACCCUCGCGUACACGCACAUCAACCCCCGGCCCGACGAGCCCCUCCAGCCUUGGCCGGUCACGGCGGCGGCGAAACAGGCCAGCAGUGGUGUCGGGGACAACGGAGGAGGGGACGGCGGGGGAGGGCACACUGUCGUGUUUGAGGACGGCGAUCUGGCCGGUAAGCGGGAGGAGAAGGCGGGCGAGAAGGUGGAGAAGUUGGCGGGUCAGUGGCCGACUGAUGCGGGGGGAGUGAGGGCGGGGGACGAUGUGUUCGUUCUGCGGUCGACCUCAUGCCCGUUGUCGGGAGAGGUGUCCCUUUGAUUUUUGGUAGCGUAGCUUUGCUUGUUUGAUGUCACUUGCUGUAGUGUGUGUGUGUUUUUUUGUUCACCCUCCUAGUAUAUUCCCUGACCUUCAGAGUCUGGGAACGCCUGUUUUUGAUUCCGUUAUGACGUUUAGUGUACGUUUAUGCUCCUUAAUACUGCGAUAAGAAUUCAACCUAUAGAUUUUUGUUUUUUGUUAUAAGGGGAGGCUGUUCCGGGGGUGGGUACUGUUUGGUUUGAUCUCCCAAGUUUUCUUCGCAUGUGUGAGCACUUGCGUGUGUCUACAGCAGGGUUUGUGUAGAUUCAUUGCUUUUUCUCAUUUGCGUGUUCGGGCGCACGAAGACUAUGAUCGGUGGAGAGGCUUGCCUUGCGAUCGGUGAACGGGUGCUGUAGAUGUGUCUUUCUGUGUUAUCUUGACGGGUCCAAGUUUAGAAUAGUGGCACACAUUGUUUUCUUUUGGCGAUAUCCCAUGUCACUCGCGGCAGCACCCCUCACGAAUUUCGCGACGGGCUGCGUGCCCGACCCUGAGGGUUUUGAGAUAGCAAUACGGGGUCAUUCGGUGCCGAAGGCCUGGGAGAGUUGAGCGAUGCUUUGCCAAUACUGUGGCGGGCGUGAUUUUGACGUUAGUUUUUUGUGGGAAGAAGACGGUGAAAUGCCGUGGGUACCGGUGCGGAAUACAUUGUGGCCACUGUAUAGUAGUUCGCCCAUCGCCACUAUUGACGAGGAACGGGUAGACACACAAUAGUUUUUUUUCCCUCCGUAUUUGGGUAGCUUGUCCUUGAUGACACCACAAUACGGGUUUUGAACGGGUUAUUUGUCCCGUGCCAUCGGCGUCGCGCACGGUUUCAGCUCGAUUUGCUCUUACAAACUGCGAGGGAGGGUUGUUGUUUACAAGGGGGAUACUGCUGUAGACAGUAAAAUGAUGCCCACCCUUUACGACUGUGGGUUUUUGUGCUACAUUCUGUAGCACGAACAGGACCUAUGUGCUGUUACUGGUUUGUUUAUUUUCGUCCCAUGAUGUUCAUGGGUACCCACCCUCCUUGCUUUAUAGUUUAUUUUUAUUGGGAGUUGCAUUCAAGAGGUGUAGACAAAAAAGUAGGGUAUACUAGCAAGUGUGAGGCUUCUUUCCGCAGGUAGGAUGCCUAUUACCGCGUACGAAUGAGUACGGUAGUGUUCUAGGUCUCUUUUCAUUCUUCCCUCCUGUGUUGCAACUGACCUCUCAGCCUUGUAGCGGGCAGUCGCCUAGCACGGUCACCUACUGGAAAAAGAAAGAGAAACUACCGCAGUACCAGGUCGCAGAGAAGUUCUAUAACGUUAUUUGGUUAAAGUGUUGCGGUACCACCGGCUGUUGUUCGCUGUGUUGAUGGUUGUGUCCAUUUGGGAUUCGUUGAAGCACUCAAUACUGUUCUCGUCUCUGCGGACGGUUACGGUUGUUUUCGUUGCUAUAGCCCGGAUCACCUUAAGCGGGGGGGGG